UCGAGCUAGUCACCUGGUCUAACGGCUCUGGAGGGACGGGGGUAUUUCUUCGGUUGGAUACUUAAGUAGCCUAGCUUUAGUAACCUAGGUUACUUUGGCUGGUUUCUCCAAAUCUCCCCCCACCCUAAUGCCGUUAUCCGUUCAUGGAAUAGGAAAGGUUAAAGCACGCACAAAACAUGAACGCGCACGUCCGUGUGACCAGUCGGAUCAGAGUCGCGCGCUUCGAUUCGGAGUGGGAGUGACCAUCUCGUCCUCUUCUUCCUCCUCCUCCUCCUCUCCUCUCAGAAUCCCAACCAUUCAUCGCUCCCAUUUCUCCAGACUUCACAUCCGGGUCAUUCGCUGGUCUAUGUCUCUCCGUCUGUGUGACAGCGUCGUUGUCCUCCAGUAGAACCAGUAGAAACAGUAGAACCCGCGUCGUUCCGCGGUGAUGGGGCCGCCGUCGCUCUGAGCUCCUCGUCUCCUCCACGGCCCGUGUGUCGCAAAGGCGGAAUGAGACGAUAGACCUUCGGAUGGCCGGUGUGUGGUGAUCGCUCGCCAACAAUGUCUAAGAGCCUGAAGAAGAAGAACCACUGGACCAACAAAGUCCACGAAGCGGUGGUGACGAGGAGCCGAGAAGGGGAGCUGGGGUUCGAGCUAAAGGGGGGUGCGGAGAACGGGCAGUUCCCCCACUUCGGAGAGGUGAAACCGGGGAGCAAGGCGUCGGUGCAGAACGGGAAACUGGCCCAGGAUGAGCUGCUGCUGGAAGUCAACGACAUGCCCGUGGCGGGGCUCACCACCCGGGACGUGUUGGCCGUCAUCAAGCACUGCAAGGAUCCGGUCCGUUUGAAAUGCGUGAAGCAAGGGGGGGUGGUGGACAAGGAUUUGCGCCACUACCUCAACCUGCGGUUCUCUAAAGGUUCUGUGGACAACGACCACCAGCAGAUCAUCAGAGACAACUUGUACCUCCGGACUGUACCCUGUACCACCAGGCAGCCCAAGGAGGGAGAGGUGCCUGGGGUGGACUACAACUUCGUGAGUGUGGAGCGCUUUAUGGAAUUGGAGCAGAGUGGUGCCCUGCUCGAGAGCGGAACAUAUGAAGAUAACUUCUACGGGACCCCUAAGCCGCCCGCGGAGCCGUCCCCCUCGGCCCCUCCCCUGAAUGUGAGCGAGGCGCUGCUGCCCGGAGCCCGGCCCAGCGCCCAGGGCAAGAGGAAGAGGAACCAGUCGGUCAGCAACAUGGAGCAGCGCAGCAGCCUGGAGCCCCCUGAGGAGGAGGACGAUGACAGCCCCGUCGUCAACGGCAACGGGGUGGUCAUCACGCCCGAAUCCAGUGAGCUUGAAGACAAGAGCACGGACGCCUCUGGAGAGGGGCCGGAGGAGUCCCCCAGCCAGGGGCCCUCCUCUGUGGAGCCCACUGCCGAGGGGGGAGAGGCCCCCAAAUCACCCCCAAAGACCCCCAUAAAAGCCCCUGACACGGAGGACGAGGAUCUGGGGCCACUGCCUGACAACUGGGAGAUGGCCUACACCGAGAAGGGAGAGGUGUACUUCAUAGACCACAACACCAAAACCACGUCGUGGCUCGACCCUCGUCUGGCCAAGAAAGCCAAACCACCAGAGGAGUGCCAGGAGGACGAGCUUCCAUAUGGUUGGGAGAAGAUUGAUGAUCCCAUCUAUGGGAGCUACUAUGUAGACCACAUCAACAGAAGAACACAGUUUGAGAACCCGGUUCUGGAGGCCAAGAGGCGAGUGGAUCAACAGCAGCAGAUCCAGAGCCAGGGUCUGUCCUCUCUCCCUCUCCCCAGUAUCUACAGAGAGAGGCCGCUGUUCACCAGGGACCCAACCCAGCUGAAGGGCAGCUUCCUGUCCACUGCGCUCCACAAGAGCAGCAUGGGCUUCGGGUUCACCAUCAUCGGGGGCGACGAGCCGGACGAGUUCCUGCAGGUGAAGAGCGUCAUCCCAGAAGGCCCGGCUGCGCAGGACGCCAAGAUGGACACCGGCGACGUGAUCGUCUACAUCAACGACGUGUGCGUUUUGGGCACCACGCACGCCGACGUGGUCAAGCUGUUCCAGUCGGUGCCCAUCGGCCACAGCGUGACUCUGGUGCUGUGCCGGGGCUACCCGCUGCCCUUUGACCCCGAGGCCGGGGCCGCCGCCCUCACCCCCAUGGGGAUGGAGCAGCGCCCUCUGGUGGUGAACGGGCGGGGCGGCUACGACCCCUACCUGGAGUACCUGUCUCUGAGCUCCCAGCUGCCCCCUGUGGGGGGGUCUCACCCCGGGGACACCCACCUGGACGGCUCCUCGCUGCCCCCCGCCGCCCCCGGCCCGGCCCCGUCCCUCCCCCCUCACGACGACGACGUGUCCAUGACGUCGUCGGGGCCGGUGGGGGCGGGGCCAGCGGCGGGGCCGGGGGCGGGGGCGGGGCUCCUGACUGUCACCAUGGUGAAGGGGCCGGAGGGGUUUGGGUUCACCAUCGCUGACAGCCCCACAGGGCAGCGCGUCAAGCAGGUCCUGGACCCGGGCUCCCAGGGGGCAGGCGGUCUGCUGGAGGGGGACCUGAUCCUGGAGGUGAACCAGCAGGCGGUGGCGGGGGCGGGACAUGGCCGUGUGGUGGAGCUGCUGAAGGAGUGUCCCGUAGGCGGAGAGGCUCAACUGCUCAUCCAGAGACCCGCCUCAGGUCACAUCUCUCCGUGGAAGACUGCCAAACAGUUGGGGGAGCAGUGGGACCCCCAUGGCAGCCCAAAGGGGGGCUCCGUCCUCACCCCCGGAGCGGUCUUUCCUCAGCACCGCUCGUCAGUCCCUGACCCCACGGACCCCUACGACCUCAGCAAACCAGACCCCUACGACCUGUACGAGAAGUCCAGGGCCAUCUACGAGAGUCGGCGCCCAGAGUACCAGGAGGUGGAGGUCCACCUGCUCAGGGAGAAGACCGGCUUUGGGUUCCGCAUCCUGGGGGGAGACGAGGCCGUGCAGGCUGUGAGUCCGGACGCCCGCGACAAGAUCGUGAUCGGGGCCAUCAUCGAGAACACCCCUGCUGAGCGGGACGGACGGCUGAGGCCUGGCGACGAGCUCAUCUCUGUGGACAAGAUGGUGGUGGCGGGGAAACCCCACCGCUACGUCAUCGACCUGAUGCACGCGGCCGCCCGCAACGGGCAGGUCAGCCUGACCGUGAGGAGGCGGCUGCUGAUCCCAGGUGAGGCUUGUCCAGUGAACGGCCGCAGCCCGGGCUCCAUCUCCACCCAGCACAGCUCCCCGCGGAGCGACGCGGCCUCAGGCCUCAGCACCACUGGCCCCCCGCACGUGGCAGCCCCUCCCCUGGAGGGCGGCGGCCUGCAGACCAGCGAUGUCAUCAUCCAUCGCAAGGAGAACGAAGGAUUCGGCUUCGUCAUCAUCAGCUCCCUCAACAGACCAGAGAACGCCGCCAUCAUCACUGUGCCCCAUAAGAUCGGCCGCAUCAUCGAGGCCAGCCCCGCAGACCGCUGCAGGCGCCUCAAGGUGGGCGACCGCAUCCUGGCAGUCAACGGACAGUCCAUCAUCACCAUGCCCCACGCCGACAUCGUGAAGCUCAUCAAGGACGCCGGGCUGGCCGUCACGCUGCACAUCAUCCCGGAGGAAGGUGGGUACCCUGAGGAAGAGGAAGAUCCUCAUUCUGGCCCCAACUCCGAGAAGCAGAGCCCCCAGACCCAGAAGCAGAGCCCCCAGGCCCAGAAGCAGAGCCCCCAGGCCCAGCCCAGCCCGUCAUCCCAGCCUGGCCCCACUGACCCCCAGCCAGGCCAGACAACACCUCCUCCACCUGGCCAGACCCCCGUCCAGACCCCCGUCCAGACCCAACCUAUCCAGACCCCCUCCCAGCCCCCGGGCUCCCCAGCAGGUCCGCAGCCUGCUCAGGGGCCCACUCAGCCUGCUCAGGGGCCCGGUCAGCCUGCUCAGGGGCCCGGUCAGCCUGCUCAGGGGCCCGGUCAGCCGGCUCAGGGGCCCAGUCAGCCUGCUGGGGGUCCCGGUCAGCCUGCUCAGGGGCCCAGUCAGCCUGCUCAGGGGCCCACACAGACCGCCCCCCCCGGACCCGGCCAGCCCAGCGCCCCAGCCCCGCACCAGAGCCCGGUCACCCAGCCCCCGGGAGGGGUCCCCCAGCUCUACCUGCACGAUGGCAGGUCAGAGGUCAAGGCGAGACAGGAUGUAAAGCCCGACAUACGACAGCCGCCGUUCACAGACUACCGUCAGCCGCCAGUCGACUACCGCCAGCCCCCAGUCGACUACCGCCAGCCCCCAGUCGACUACCGCCAGCCCCCAGUCGACUACCGCCAGCCUCCAGUCGACUACCGCCAGCCCCCUGGCCUGCUGGAGUUCAGGCAGCAUGGCGCUGCUACACCCUUCCCUCUGGGGCUCCCUGCUGAUUUCCGACCCCAGGACUAUGACUACUUCACUGUGGAGCUGGAGAAGAGCUUGAAGGGUUUUGGCUUCAGUAUACGCGGGGGAAGAGAGUACAAGAUGGACCUGUUUGUCCUGCGACUUGCUGAAGACGGGCCGGCCAUCCGCAACGGACGCAUGAGGGUGGGCGAUCAGAUCAUCGAGAUCAACGGGGAUAGCACGCGCGAUAUGACACACGCCCGCGCCAUCGAACUCAUCAAGGCGGGGGGGCGUCGCGUGCGCCUGCUGCUCAAGAGAGGCUCGGGACAGGUGCCCGACUACGACAGUGGCAGCCCCUGGGAUCCCCUUUCUACAGCCCACCAUGCCCUGCAGGAAGUGACCCUUCACCCCCGUCCCCCCGCCCAACUGUUCUCCUCACAUCCUGCCCAUGACACCCCCCCCCGGCUCCCUCUAGAGGUCAGAGUGUGCUUGGCAGGCCAGGCUCCACAGCUGACAGACCAGGGGUCCAUUAGAGGGGCUUUGGGUGGCAGGACCACCCAGCAGAGGUACACCAUCGAGGGCCAAAGAGCACCACAAGGGCCUGGGGAAGUGGAGGAAGGAACAUGGGCAUGCCAGCCUGGGCCUAUGGGCCGAAAAGCCGUCCUGGGGAGAACCACCAACCGAAGAGAGAUGCAGAGUGACCCUAGCGCCCCCUGUUGUGAGAGUCAGGACCUGCAGAGUGCAGGCUCGGCCUGGCUGCGGGACUCAUUAGUUGAUGUGAGUGUGAAUGGAGGUGCUCCUCCAGGCAAACUUCUUGACAGGCUGGAGCCAAGAGAUUCGCUUCCCAAGGAAGGAAGAAGGUUCAGUGGUAUCAGCGGGCAGUGCUGCCCCUCCCACCGGACGGAGGGUUUGACUGGGCCCAGCUCCACUGCCCUCCCGGGACCCUGGAGGUCCCCUGGGCCUGAUAGGCUGCCUGGGACUCUACGGUCCUGGACCUCCACAGUGAGCAGAUAGACUGGAUCUAGCUGGUUUGGACCAGAUCAGACUGUUGGACUCUUUGUGUGAACGUCCCCUACCAUCUGGUUUGAAGUGAGGAGAAUAAAACUCUUCUGUCCAUCUCAGCAUGUUGGUUCAGCCUCUCCUUGACAAGUCAUGUUUCUGUUAGUUAUUACAAGAUGAUAACACCGACCACCUUAAAAAGCAGAGGGACCUUCAAAGCUCUUGAAGAAUACAGCCUACAGUGCUGAUUCACACCUCUUAACACCAGAGGUAGUCUACGAUAAUCACAUUUAUUGAUUUGUGAACCGCUUUCUGGUUCCGAAAAUGCUACUUGCCUAUGAGAGAUAUUUGAAACAAAUAAUUUUUCUUCUAGGAGUGAGGAUGACAGAUGGGCCUAACGGGCAGUAACAGAGGGUUCUGUUAACAAGACACACGUUAAAUUUCACAUGCCUACCAAUAUAUCUUAUACUGUCAAUGUGAAAAUGAGUGGAAAAUAUGUACAUUUUAUCUACUCCAAAAAUAUGCCCAUGUUCAGGUGUUUUUUAGCAGUUAGAAACCCAUUGUAAAGAGAAGAAACAUUAUUUUGAAAUCCAAACGUCCAUUGCCUUGUCUAUAUCUACAUAUCAACGACUGUGAAGUCCCCAUGUCACCACUAGGGCGCCUCAUUAGUGCAUGGACUCAGGCCACCAUGUUGGUACUAAGGAGCUCUUGUUUAGCGCUACCAUCUAAAGAGAAUCUCCUUCAUCACACCAUCGGUUCAUAAAUGUAUGAAAAAUAGUGUUGGUCGGUUUAGUUAAAUUUAGGAGUUGCUGAAAAAAUGAAAACAGUUGGCUUUAGCUUAAUCCAUUACCUGUAAGUUCCAUCAACCACUUUGUUGCAACUCAUUCAUUUAGACCAUCAUGUAAACAUCUUAAGUCUGGUGUCUUCUAAACAGGGGAAGGGGGGAUGUGUCCACUUUCUAUUCAACAGUUAUAUGCCUUUUACUGUGCUACAUGUACCACAUCACUGUGGAAGAGAAGAUCAGAGGAACAGAGCAGUUGGAGGUUUGGUGGUGGGGCAGAGUGCCUUACUUGAGCUAAUGCAGGGCUGUUACCAUUGGGGUUCUGUUCACUUUCUUUUCUGUUUGAUUUCAGACUUCUACACAGAGCAGGAGGGGUGUACCUCCAUCUGUGAAGAAUACGUCCGGUAGUGAAGCUGGUGGCACAGAGUGACCCCCCCCCCCUUUCCCCCUUAGUGUUAGGAAGUGGCCAACAUGUAGCCUUCAGUAAUCGGCCAUUCUAGUGGAAAAACACAAAGGAAACCUUCAAAGCAGUCUAAAUAGAGGACUGUUGUCAAGCUGGUUAUUUUGUUAGGUUACACAGAAGUCAUACAAAACAGACAGAAAGUAAUUGACAAGUCAGAAGAAAUUAUAACCAAAUUGUUGAGUAGUCCAUGUUAAUUUAAAAUGUAUUGUGAAAGUCCAAUAGCCAUCGGUUGUGAAUUUCACCAGCAGGGGUUUGUUAGUUAGAAGCAUCAACGGCUCUUUGCUGGAGUUCAGACACAAACCACUAUCCUAUCUGAUGGAAAUUUGUUUUAAUAGUAGAAAUGUCUUAAGUAUACUUGGUUCAAAUAUAUCAGCAUUGGUGUCAAUUGAUCCAUUCCCAUUAGGUCAACAGUUUUUUUUUUUAUUGCAUUUGAACAAUGCAUCCAUAAGAAUUAUUUCCUUUGACCAUCAUAAUGCAUGCUACAGCUGAAAUAGUCACUUGAAAGAACAACUCUCUUUUUGUUUUGUCAGUUAGAUAAUUUUGUCAAGACAAAACAAAUGCCUGUCUAUCAGAAACAAGGACACAUCAAAGCGCUGCAUGAAAUCACCAGCGUCCGUCCGGUGAACGUCUCAGUCACCAGGGGAACCAGAAGGCUUGGGGGAGAGGAGCUGGCUUAUAUGCAAGUGGUUCGUUAGAGCUUAUUUUGAUGAGCUGUGAGGCUGACCUUUAGACUACCAUGAACAAAAAUAGAUCUUGUACAAAUACAUAGUGAUAAAAUGUAUAUGGUGAUUCCCAGUACAUCCACAUGGUAUUCCAUUUUGUUUCAGUUGAUAUCAUCAGUCCCGACCUCUCUGACCUUCCACUUGCACAUGAACUCAUACGCCGUUGUAUUGAACUCUUGUUCAUGUGCAGUAGUUACUGAGGUGCACACCCGGGCCGCAGGGUGUGCCGCUGAUGUCUCCAGAUUCACGGCGCUCCAAGCAGGGGGCUUUUGUAUGGAAAGACGAAACGUUGACCAGUCCCAAUUGAAUCCAAUAUAAGUGUGGUGUUGACUGUGUAUUAUCCACUCUGUACAGCUGUAUUCCUACAGAUAUGCUUUACUGUAUCAUUGAUACUGUAGUUUCAAAGACGUGAACAAAUAUUUUUAUGAAAGGCGAGAGUACGCAUAUAUUACAUUUUGCUAAAAAAAAAGAAAUCUUGUUUACUGAAGGGUAUUCUGAAAUAUUGUCAAAUAAACUGUUGACAUGGUGUAAAAUA